AUGGGUAACGACGGCGGGUCGAUCCCGAAGAGGCGAGAACUGGUCAAGAAUGCCGCUCGCGCACCGACAGUAUCAGAACUCAAGGCCACGGCAUUAGAAUCGCUGGCUCACGCAUGGACUCACUGCGCUCUCAGCGGCGCCAGUCUCGAGAUGGAGGCUGCCGUCUCGGACUGGAGAGGGCGAUUGUUCAACUACGAAGCAAUCCUGAAUGGUUUAAUGCCGUCGGACGAACCGGCCGAAGAAAGUCCCGCCACCUUCGGUAUCAAGUCACUCAGAGAUGUGGUGCGGCUGAAGUUUUCAAAAUCCGGCGACAGAUGGGCGUGUCCCAUAUCUAUGAAGGAGAUGGGCCCAUCCACCAAGGCUGUAUACUUGGUUCCAUGUGGCCACGCCUUUGCCGAAAUUGCCAUUACGGAAAUCCAAGAGAGUUCGUGUCCCGAGUGCGGGGAGAAAUUCGAGAAAGAGGAUACCAUAACAAUACUACCAACGACCGAAAAGGAUAUCCGGUGGCUGGAGAGGAGGCUUGAUAACCUGCGGGAGAAGGGAUUGACCCACAGCUUAAAGAAGGAUAAGUCGGAGAAGAAGAAGAAUAAGAAGCGAAAGGGCGAUGAGACCACAGGAAAUGGCGAGACAACUAGCAAGGCGGACACAGUCCAGCCAAGCAAAGGUUCUGACAGUAGGAUAAGUGGCAUCAAUAACCCUCUGGCAGCGUCUUUGACGGCAAAGGUUCUGGCAGAGCAGGACGACAGAAACAAGCGACGGAAACUGGUUGCCGAGGCUAUGACUCGAAACGGCGAAGUAGUCAAGAGUUGA